AUGCUUAGUCCAGCCCAAACACUUCCCUAUGAGGACGUCGCGAAACUUCAUCCCUUCUAUGAGGAAUAUAGAUCUUUCUGGAACACGUCCCCAAAGAUGGAAGAUACCACUCUCCCUUCAGAUACACCAACGAACUCUUCGCGUUCAAUUGGGUCUAGGUUAGAAUCUGAUCAACCUCUCUGCUCCCCCGAAACCUCGUUGCUUCCUCCGGUACGUGAUUUCCAGCCAUUCUCUGUCGGAGCCUCUGCAGCAGAAAGACUUCACGUGGCUAUUCAUGACGGGUAUGAGUAUACACCAACCUACAAUACACACCCAGAGGCCUUGGCCAGUCAAACCGCUAUCCUAGAGUAUGAUUAUCCUCGCAAGCAACCCUUGUUACCUGUGCAAGAACCCAUUGAUAUCUGCGAGCGCAAGUUGUUUGAACUAUACCACAUCAACAGCUCGCUUGGCCAGACACGGUCUUCGCACAAAAAGCUUUUUGGGAGAAACGGUUGGCUCGGGAGAACAGCAGACUUAGAAAACCUAUCGAGUGAGAAACACAGAUCAAAGAAUCUCAAAGAUCUGCGAAAAAAGAUAGUGGAUGGAUUUACCGAGGGCAUUGCGAAGGCUUCCCAGACAAUCGUUCAUGAACCCCGUGUCAUGAAAGAUCACCUACCACAAUCGACUAUUCCUAUCUCACUGAAUCCUCCAAUACAAGCGAUGCUGUAUUCAGAACUGGAGGUCAUGAUAUGUGUCAGUGCAAAUGUAUUUCUCGUUGAACAAUAUCAUGAAGGUCGACUUUCAGGAGAAUCUAUCAAGAGAAUCAAGAACUACUGGGGAUCCAAGAAUAGGCCAUCAGUCGUCGAGUUCCAAUUUGAUCAGGCCACUCAACAGCGCUUAAUCAUGGAAAACAAAAGGUCUUUGAGGUUUCAUGGAGAGAGCUCGACGAAUCCAGUCCUUCUCAGCUCCAACCUCCAUAACUGGAAAGCAAUCGUCAAGGAGAUGAGCAUUCGCACUUUCUGUGCUCCUGACAGCAUGAUCCGCAAGCAUAUGCACGAUGUUUCUAAGCUCCUCGACAUGCUGGGAGCCCCCAUUUCCACUUUAGUUAUUUGCCAGAAACUGCACAUGCAAGCACUGUCCUUAAUGGGGCACCGCGUCGAGAGACGUAAUUAUGCCGACCGACAAUAG